AUGACUAUGGCUAGUACAAUGCCCUCGUCGUUAUUGUUGCGGCUAACGAAUGUCUGGAGGGCAUUGGUCCUCCGGAGUGAUGUAGAUGACAUCGUCUUGGAGCUGCUUGGAUGCUUCUCUUUGGAAAGGAUGUACGCAGACGCUUCCGACCGGGAUACGUACCAGCAACUGGUGAUCACUUUGCUCUCACAGCUCAAAUCUAUAUUCGAUAUCCACCGGCUGACCCUCCCCGUCGUCAAUGUCCACACCGCUUGGUAUCUGGGUUUUCUCGUCAGCUGGGAGGUGGCUCUGCGGUCCGUUGAGUUUGUUCUUCAAACCAUCAAUGAGAGUCGCGAGACCAUCUGGGAGAACCGUUUGCUGCGAGAGAGAUAUCUGGCCGGUUUUCUUUUGUCCAGCCUUCGCGUCCUGACACUUCACCCCAAACCCCCAGCGAUCCAGCGAUCUCGAGACCGCCGUGAGCGUUUUGCUCGCAUUCACGGUCUCUUGGAGCAGGUUUUCGAUAGCUUUCCUGGCCCGAACUCGUUUCCACUCGCGGCUUGCAAGGAGAUCACUACCCAGCUCCACCUUGACCCUGACAGCUUGGGUCUUCCCCCUGCAUUGGCAUCCGGACUACCAAAUUUGGCAUCGCAGCUGGUAGGGGGACCAACCUUUAUACUACCUCUCUCCGUUCCCCCCUGUCUUCAGCCCGCUGCUAUCGCCGACAUUGUGCCAGCAGGCUACCCUGGAGACUGGCUUGUAAAAUAUCUAGCAUUACGAGACGUGUCGCAAUUCGUAGUUGCCGCCUCAAUCCAAUAUGCUGCCAACAAGGAGACUCGAGAACUGCGUCUCGAGCCAGCCCUGGCGCAUUCCAGAAAUGCGGUUCUGAGUGCGCUCGAUGCCUUACGUAUCCCCCCCCAAUUCUCCCGGGUGGAGAUGGUUGCAACACUGAGCACUAUUUCUCGUAUAGUCUUACCCGACACCCUGGACCUAUCUCAUCAAGACACCGCAGGGAUCUGUGUCGAGGAAUUCGAACUGGAUGCAUUGGAUGCUCUAUUCGCGAGGCUUGUAGCCCGUCAGGCUAUUCACCGCGUCAGUGACCGGGAGACGGUCCAUAACAUGUCUCAGGUUGUCAGAAACAUUGCUCUUCAGGACAAUCCCAGUGGGCAGUUCAUGCCGAAUCAGCGGCCUGGUCUGUACUCUGUGAUUUGCCCGGAAUGUCACAUCAUAGGUGCAUCUCAGUUGAAGCCAACGGACAUCAAUACUCCCACCGAACAUGGUCAUGUUGUUAGACAGCUUCCACCCAAAGCAAGAUGCAUACACUGCGGAGAAGCCAUCACCAUUGCACGGGAGAUAUCAACAGUACGGCAGACUUGGGAACUACUGGAACCACUCCGUCUUGAUGCUGACACCGUCAGCCUGGAACGUCAUUUACCCACACAAUUUCUACUACGGCCGCCCAAGCCACAGACGAGCGGCUUCACGUCACUAGAAUACGGCAAUACACUCGGUAUAGGAGCUGGGAAAUUGGGCGGACACGAAGCCUAUGGCUCUUCGCACCUACCAAAGAUGGUCCUUUCCAGCCCUGUAUCCAUAGAUCCCAUUGGCUCUCUGUAUACUGGGCUUCUGUCGCCUCAAAGCCCCAAUCACUCCCAAAGCCCAUUACCGCUACGUCAUCAACAAUCACAAGCAGACAACAGAAGCACACUUUCGGACCAUCAUAACAAGCUUGAUCCAGCCUUGCUAACAGAUCGGCCCACCUUCUCCCACGACUCGCCUAUAUUUAAACGGCUGCAGCAUAACACAGAUGAGGCUUCAUCCAUAAGCACCCCGAGAUCUGUCCCCGUGGUAACGUCGGCGCAGAAAGGAAAGUCGAAAUGGAGGCCGAAGUUUACAACUAGCAAAAAACCACCUGCUGGCGUAAUAGCAGACUCGAGUUCCUUGUCUUCGACUACGCUUGAAGCCCAAAAGCUCGAGGAAAUCACUCUGACUCCCCUUUGUCAUCCAGAAACAUCAAGGAGAGGGAAAUCGUCGAAGAAUAUCAAUGUUACUCUCUCGCAAAGCUCUACCCUCGCUCUAUUUUGGACCCAGCUGCUCAUACAUGUGUGGGAUGUUGCCACUUCCCCUCCCACCAUGAUGCGGGCCAUUCAGCCAGAGAGCACUUGUAUCCUGGCAGCCGUCGCCAGGACUCAUUUAGCAUAUGUUAUUGGAACAAGAGAUCAGAAACUUACGCUGCGUAUUGUGAAUCUCGUGCAACCUACCGUCUCAGUUAUAGAGUACCGCAUCCCAUCCACAUUAUGGGCAAAAGCAUUAGCGAUUGACCGAGAGGAAAACUAUGUGGUGGUUGGUUUUGAGAAUGCCACUGUGCGUUUCUUCAAGGCAAAAACAUCAGAGCAACCGCGAGAAGACCGUCUACAUGCAUCAUCGCACCGGGAUUGCAGGGGAUGUCCGUCAGUCGACACCCUGGCAUUUUCUCAGGAUGGGUUCACACUUCUAGCGAGCACAAGAAGUUCGAAAACGGGGCUAGUGCAGAUAUUUUCUUGGCGAUUCCCAUUUCACGAAUUCCAAGAGCUGGCAGCCUGCCGGUAUUUAAUCCCACUUCACGAAUCAGAGGACAACGGUUUGUCCGCGGCCAUAUUUCGACCUGGAUCGGAUGGCGAGGAAACGUUGGUUUGUAUUACGACUUGGACCCAAUCCGGUACUCCUAUUUUAAUACAGCCGCAGGACGGACAGAGGAGUGAGAUUAAAGUUGACGGGUCUGGUAAAUCCACCAAACUAGGAACCAGAAUUCAGUGUGCUGCUUUCUCCCCCUCAGGCCGGGAGCUGGUCAUGAUUUACGACAGAGGUUACGUUUUUGAAGUGUCCAACUUGAAUUCCAGCCCCAUCGAUAUCAGAAGAGUAGCUAUCUCGAAGGAGCUUACAGCAAAAAGUGAAUCGUUCGCCAUGUCAUUUGUGACCAUAGCGGACGAGGAAAAUGUUCUGGUGGCCUGGGCUGAUUCGGCGAGAGCUACGGGCUGGAUUAAAAAGAUACCCAUGACAGGGAGGGCAAAUUUCGCAUGCCCUGAUACAUCUGGGUUAUUAUCUGGGUCCUCAUCAUACUGUGCGAUGAGGGAAUUUAUGGGCCCACCAGUUGAGCUUGCUGCUAUUGAAAGGAUCCGCGAGCUGCCAACGGAAACAGACGGUGGAAUAUAA